UCGUUCUGUUUAUAUUCUUCUUCUCUUGGUCACUAAACUUUGUGCAGUGAACUCCACAGUUGAAGCCCGACGAGGGCAGCAGGAGAUCCGCUCAUUUUACAGGACAAGCACCGCAGAGACUCUCUGACGUGGAACCAUGCCUCUGCGGUUGGACAUCAAGCGGAAGCUGACCGCUCGGUCAGACCGGGUGAAGAGUGCAGAUCUGCACCCCACCGAGCCCUGGAUGGUGGCGAGCCUCUACAGCGGCACUGUGGUGGUCUGGAACCACGAGACACAGAUGAUGGUGAAAACCUUCGAGCUGUGUGACCUGCCUGUCAGAGUGGCCAGGUUUGUAGCCAGGAAGCACUGGGUCAUCGCUGGAGCUGAUGACAUGCAGAUCCGUGUGUUCAACUACAACACUCUGGAGCGGGUUCACAUGUUUGAGGCUCACUCUGACUACAUCCGCUGCAUCGUUGUCCACCCGACACAGCCCUACAUCCUCACCAGCAGUGAUGACAUGUUGAUCAAGCUGUGGGACUGGGACAGGAAGUGGUCGUGUGGUCAGGUGUUCGAGGGACACACUCAUUACGUCAUGCAGAUCGUCAUCAACCCCAAAGACAACAACCAGUUUGCCAGCGCCUCUCUGGACAGAACCAUUAAGGUGUGGCAGCUCGGCUCCAGGACUCCCAACUUCACUCUGGAGGGCCACGAGAAGGGGGUGAACUGCAUCGACUACUACAGCGGAGGAGACAAGCCCUACCUCAUAUCAGGGGCCGACGACCGCAUGGUCAAGAUCUGGGAUUAUCAGAACAAAACAUGUGUUCAGACCCUGGAGGGUCACGCCCAGAACGUGACCUGCGUUAGUUUCCAUCCGGAGCUGCCGAUCAUCCUCACGGGCUCAGAGGACGGCACCGUUCGAGUGUGGCACUCCAACACCUACCGGCUAGAAAACACACUCAACUACGGCAUGGAGAGGGUGUGGUGUAUAUGCGGCCAGCCGGGCUCCAACAGUGUGGCUUUGGGCUACGAUGAAGGCAGCAUCAUCAUCAAGCUGGGUCGGGAGGAGCCGGCCAUGUCCAUGGACUCCAGUGGGAAGGUCAUGUGGGCUCGCCACUCCGAGGUGCAGCAGGCCAACCUGAAGGCCAUGGGAGACGCUGAGAUCAGGGACGGAGAGAGGCUGCCGCUGGGGGUAAAAGACAUGGGCAGCUGUGAGAUCUUCCCACAGACCAUCCAGCACAGCCCCAACGGGAGAUUUGUAGUGGUGUGUGGAGAUGGGGAGUAUAUCAUCUACACCGCCAUGGCCCUGAGGAACAAGAGCUUCGGCUCCGCUCAAGAGUUCGUCUGGGCUCACGACUCCUCACAGUAUGCCGUACGGGAGGGAAGCAGUAUGGUCAAACUAUUUAAGAACUUCAAAGAGAAGAAGGCUUUUAAACCCGAGUUUGGGGCUGAAGGUAUCUUUGGUGGCUUCUUACUGGGCGUGAGGUCAAACAGCGGCCUGGCCUUCUACGACUGGGAAACUGGUGAACUGAUCCGCCGCAUCGAGAUCCAACCUAAACAUAUCUUCUGGUCUGACUCUGGGGAGCUGGUGUGUAUCGGUACAGACGAGUCGUUCUUUGUGCUGCGCUACCUACAAGAGAGAGUGGCGGCGGCCCAGGAGUCCAAGGAGGAGAUAACGGAGGACGGGAUAGAGGGCGCCUUCGAGGUGCUGGGGGAGGUCCCAGGGGUGGUGAAGACAGGGGUUUGGGUGGGAGACUGCUUCAUCUACACCAGCUCUCUUAACAGACUGAACUACUACGUCGGAGGAGAGAUCAUCACCAUUGCUCACCUGGACAGGACCAUGUACUUGCUGGGCUACAUCCCCAAGGACGACCGUCUCUACCUCGGAGACAAGGAGCUGAACGUCAUCAGCUACUCGCUGCUGCUGUCGGUGCUGGAGUACCAGACCGCCGUCAUGAGGAGGGACUUCAGCACGGCGGACAAGGUCCUACCCACAAUCCCCAAGGAGCAGAGGACCAGGGUGGCCAACUUUUUGGAGAAACAGGGCUUCAGACAGCAGGCCCUGGCUGUUUCCACUGACCCAGAACACAAGUUUGAACUGGCCCUGCAGCUGGGAGAGCUCAAGAUAGCCCAUCAACUGGCCUCGGAGGCAGAGUCAGAGCAGAAAUGGAAGCAGCUGGCAGAGCUCGCGACUACAAAGUGCCAGUUCAGCUUGGCUCAGGAGUGCCUGCACCAGGCUCAGGAUUACGGGGGAUUAUUGCUGUUGGCCACGGCCUCGGGCAACGCCGACAUGGUGGGCAAACUGGCUGAGGGGGCGGAGAAGGAUGGGAAGACCAACGUGGCCUUCCUCACCUACUUCCUGCAGGGAAGGUUGGACAAAUGUCUGGAGCUUCUCAUCGAAACAAAUCGGUUGCCAGAGGCUGCAUUUCUGGCAAGAACAUAUCUGCCCAGCCAUGUGUCAAGGGUGGUGAAGCUGUGGAAGGAGAGUCUGUCCAAGGUGAACAAGAAGGCAGCAGAUGCUCUGGCUGACCCCUCCCAGUACAGCAACCUGUUCCCUGGCCUCCAGCAAGCCCUGCUGGCUGAAGAGUACCUGAAGGAGUCUCAUGUCGUGGUCAGGCCUGCUGCAGAAUACCCACUCAUCAUGCCAAAUGAGGACCGUCAUGUUCUGGAGGAAUCUGCAGGUUUUGCAUCCAAAGGAGAGAUCACUGGGCCAGAGGGAGAGGUGAAGAGCAUCAGUGAAAGCGUCAUGGUAGCAGCAGCAGCAGCAGCAGUGACGGAGGCUCCACCUCCAGAAACAGCAGUCGUGGAGGAACCUGUUCUACUGAAACAAGAAGUUAUUGAUCCUGUUUCAGCAACAGAAGAAGAAGAAUCCAUCCCACCAGCAGCAUCCCCUCUGCCUGUCACCGUAACAGAAGAACCACAGCGAGCAGAAUCUGUGUCUUCUGAGGAAGACACCAUCACUAAACCAGAGGAGGCUUCAGUCUCUGUACAGGAAGACAUCGCGGAGUCCACCACAGAGGUUGCCCCCGGAGAGCCAGAGAUGGUACAGUUCAGUCUCGUGGAAAAUGUCAAAUCAUCAGUUGAGACAGAUGUUCAGGAAGCAGCUGAUGCUGCGCCGGCUGCCUGUAUAUCUGAAACAUAUCUAAUCGAGACAUCAGAAACCAUCACGACAACAACAUCAGAAACCAUCACGACAACGGGAGAAACACUGAGUGAGACAGUGGCAACAGAAACCAUAGCAACAGAGGACGUCCUAGUUAGCACUGAUCUAAUAGUUGAUACCGAUGUAAUGGAAUCUGUACCCGUUUAUGAAGGACUGGAAACCGAUAUCAUCUCCUGGGAAGCACCAACCAUCGUAGAUACAGCAGCAGAGGAGACUCAUGUUACUGAGGAACUGGUUUCAGAAACGGCAGCGUUACCCGCAGCGGUGGAGGAGCUCAUCUCCUUUGAAAACACAGCCAGUCCGGUGCAGCAUGUGCUGGCGCAAAUCCCAACUUUUGCAGAUUUUUCCUUCGACCCACUGCUAGACCCACUCCAGGAUACAAUGCCAGCAUUGAAGCCAGUCUCAGCACAAGAGCCAGAACAAGAGGAACCAACCACAGCACUCCCAGUAAAGCCUGAGGAGAACCUGGAGCCUGCUGUGCUUCUACAGGUUGAGCCAGAGGUUUUAUCCCCAGUAAAGAGCAACGUGAAGGAGGAGGAGGAGGAGGAGGAGGAGGAGGCAGGUCCUGAGGGAGCUGCACAGGACCUCGAUGCAGAUAUAGAUGAGGAGGGCCUGGAUGAUCUGGAUCUGGACAAUUUUGACCUGGAAGAUAUCGACACUACAGAUGUCAACCUUGAUGAGGAUUUCUUGAGUGAAUAGACAAACUUUUCUGUUGUUUUUUUUUCAGUGACCAAAGAACUCAAACGGUUUUCCAAGACAAUCACAAGCGGUUAGCAGACUAAAAUGCCUCUAAGCUUAAGUAACAAGCAUUUGCUUUCUUGGUUGCGGACUGAAAUAGUCAAAAUUAUUCCAAGGUACACCUCCAAGAAGGCAGAAAUUAAACCGCAGCCUUAUCAAUUUAUGCAAGUCUCAUCGGUUUACAAUGAAAAUCCAUGAGUUAACAUCUGACUGCAUGAAAACGAAUGGGGCAUUACUCUCAGUACCUCUUCUUCUUCCUCAUACCUCACACAGCGUGACACUGCUGUUGAUCAGGGUGUUGUCUAAGCCAUUGAGGAUCUCUUCCAGUUUGAAUAUUGCUUUCAUUCCUGAAGUGAACCAUUUAUUUUCUCGAUCAUUCCUGCUGGAUUUUUAGCUAAUCAGAGCAGUAUUUUUGAAUUUCCAUCUGAUAAGAGUCAUGAUUUUUAUAAAUAGUAUGCAUUCAGAAGUGUUGCAACAAGCCUACGAUUUGGACUA